AUGUCGAAUCUGAGCGAGGCUUACGGUGGGCCUCUGCCCAAAAACUUCCGCACUUUGCGUGAGAUGUUUUUGGAAUCUGUCAGUCAAUAUCCUGGCCAGCUGGCCCUCGCAGCCGUCCACCAGCCCGCGGAUCUCUACCAGAUUGAAAGUAUACCACUGGACGAUGACGAAUAUCGUCAGAAACCGUACCUGCGAUGGUCGUAUAUAGCCAUGGACACGGCCAUACAAAGAUGUAUGGCAGGUCUACGGGCACACGGUCUCAAGCCAGGCAUGCCACUCUUCACAUUCAACGCCAAUGGUGCUGAGCACCUCAUCACACACUACGCAGCUUCCGAAAUCGGGGCUGUGUUUGUACCCAUCAAUCCAAGAAAUCUGGCAAACAGGGAAGAAGUCCUCCACAUGAUCAAGACAGCGCGCUCCGUAGUACCUGGCAAAAGAUCGGCGGUGGUGACAUCAAGUCCCGACCUGAUCAAACCGCUCGAGGAGCUUGGAGUGUUCCAGGAUAGCCUCAAGAUUGUCGUUGCCGCCCCAGAGAACAGUCAAGGAUGGACGCCAUUCGAGGAGAUCAUGAAGGCGCCACCGACCAAUGGCGCCAAGGCCAAUGGCGUAGAGACCAACGGCUUUGUCAUGGUCGAAGUAAACGGCGAUGCAGACAAGGACAAGCUGCAGGACAGCUAUGUAAUGUUCACGAGCGGUACCACGUCGAUGCCAAAGGGCUGUUUCCGCAAGUGGCCCGAGUCCGUCAUGAACAUCGAGUCCUGGCGGUCAAGGGCAAAGGACGUCAAGAUAGCGCCCGGCGACGGCGUCUGCGGCGUCAUGCCCAACAACCACGCCAUGGGCCACCUCUGGCCACCUCUGACCUACUUACUCGGCGGCGCCAUGAUUUACCCGGGCCCGACAUUCCAGCCCGAUGUGAUGUUGAAGACUCUGCACCGGGAAAAGAUUGCUCAGACCGUAUUGGUUCCCACCAUGAUGUUUGCUCUCAUUGGACUCAAGUCAAACACAUCGUACAAGCUCGAUCAUCUCAAGUCGGUCAUGUUUGGCGGGUCUGUGCUGAGCCCCGACAUCUUCAAAUCAUGUAUGGAAGAACUCGGCGCCCGUGGAGUCGAGAACGGCUACGGCAUGACAGAAGGCGUCAUUGUCCGGUCCCUGUCCCAAAGUGACCCAAAGGUCAUUAUUGACGGAACCGAGGUAUCCUGCGGCUGGGUGAUUCCCGGCCAGACCAUUAGAAUCGUGGACCCCGAAACCAACCAGGUACUUCCUCGUAACGUGCUCGGUGAGCUUCAUGCUUCGGCGCCCGCGAUUCAGCACUAUAUCAACAACGUCGGCAGUGACAGCUUCUACACCGAUGCCGAGGGACGGGAAUGGUUCAAGACCGGCGACCAGGCCCGCAUGGAUGAGAAAGGUCGCACCUUUAUCACAGGCCGCUAUAAGGACAUGAUCAUCCGAGGUGGAGAGAACAUGUCGCCUACAGCCAUAGAGGCAGCCAUUGCAAAGGAUCACAAUCUUGCCUCCAUGCUCCCGCAAAUCGUCGGCGCGCCCGACGCCAUUGCGGGUGAAGUGCCGAUUGCAAUCUUGUUGGGCAAGGUCGAUGCUGAUGUGCGCCAAAGGGUUCAAGACGCCGUCAUCCAGAGCAUGGGAAACAUUUAUGUGCCCGAGGACGUCAUCUCGGUGCAAGAUCUGGGAUUGACGGACUAUCCCCGCACCAUGGCGGGAAAGAUUCAGAAGACCAAGUUGUCGGCUUUGGUCAAGAAACAUAGGACUGCGCAAGAAUCUGGACCGGCAACCAUGGACGACUCGCGUCUUGUGGAGGAAGUCAGAGACAUCUGGGCCAAGGCUGUUGGCUUGGAGCCCAGCAAGCUGUCGCUAGAUGCGCAGAUUGGUGAGUUUGCCGACAGCAUCACCGUCAUGAGAGUCAGAGAUACAGUGAAGAGGAGAACCGGAAAGACGCUUUCCCUCAUCGAGAUGACCAAAGCGGGCACGAUAUCUGGGCAGAUUGAACUUUUAAGACAGCAGCAUGAUGGGACAGGAAGAAAAGAAAACAAGCGCGUGGUCAGAGUUGGACCGCCCGGUGUUGAGGACAUGGCUCAUCUCACCGAGGUUCCCGAGUUCUAUGAGCCCACAAAGAAACUCAUUGUCGACACCAUCUCAACGCUCGGGCUUGACUGGGAUGAUGUCGAGGAUGUUGUCCCUGCUUACGAUUUUGCCAAUGUGAUGCUCGAAAGUGGACUAUUCCACAGCUGGGCUUUCAAAUUUGCAAUGAUUUCUGCCAAGGCAGACAAAAUCCAACUCCGAAAAGCCUUCGAGGCCAGUUUCAAGAACAAUAGGGUCGUGGCAUCAUUUGUGGUGAGCGACAAGGAAGCCUUGGGCUCCACUGAUGCCCUCCAUGUCCUUAUGCGCCAAAACGACAAGUUCUUUGACAAAAUCUUCCGAGACUGUGGCAGCGUCAAGUCCUCGGCGGAGUUGCGCGCCAAGUCACUUGAUUACCGCGAUCAAGUCGCUUACCCAGGUCCUCUUGUCCGUGUAGAUCUGUAUGAUGUGGAAGAAACGGGGACGUGUGGUGUUAUCAUGAAUCUUGACCACGCGGUCAUUGAUGCAUCGAGCGCCCUCAUAUGGAGAGCAGAUUUCGACAAGUCAUUCGAAGGCACCCCAUCACUGUCGGAACAUCUUGAUUACAAGCUCUGGGCCGAUUCGCACUUCAAUCAGCGAACUUCUGCCGAGGCUAGGGCGGCAGUCAAGUGGCACGCCAAGCGACUCAAGGACGUAGGCCAACACAGGAAAGCGCUCUGGCCGCCCUACAUCAUGCCAAACGACGCACAAGAAUACACGGUCAAGAGCUUUGAUGAAGAUGCGUUGCACUACAGCUUCGAGGCUCCAUCAAUUCUCGAGUUCCGGCGUCUGCAUCCCAAGAUCACGGCAACGGUGGUAACCAAGACGGCUUUGACCCUCUUCAUUGCCAGCCAUACAGGCCACUCCCACGCCUUAUUCGCAAACUACGAGGCGGCGCGGACCACGUUCCCAUUCCUGCCGAAGAUACUCGAAGCCACUGGCCAGUUUGAAGCGACAGAUGUUUCGGGACCCACGAUGCAAGCCGUCAUGAAUGUGGUAGAGUACCGACCCGACGAGACAGUACUUCAGUUUCUGGAACGAAUGCAAAAGGAUCAGCUCGAUCUGACGGCGCACGCUCCGGCGCCCCUCCGCCAGAUCAUGUCCGCCCUCGGUGAUGACGGCAACAUGCUCCUCGAAAUACUCGGCCACUGCAGCUUCAAUUGGGUCCCGGGCAUGGGCACUUACGGCACGAACCCCAAUCAGAACUUUGAGACCAUCAGCUCCAUCGUGCGAGUCCGACAAGGACUGUCGUCCAACUUUGGCCUAGGAGGGCCCGAUGGCACCACCUUCUUUAUCGAUCUUCGGAGCAUACACUUUGAUCUGGACGGCCUGCAAGAAGUGGCAGUGGAGUUGGAGGAGAUCGUCAAGUGGCUGCUUACCAAGGAGAAUUGGUCUGCUGCUGUGAGUGGUUACACGGCAGCACUUGAAUGA